AUGCCCCCUAUUGUGGUCGAGGGUAGAACCGAUAACCACAAUAAUCUCAAAAAGGAUCUUCAAAGUAUUGUGAAGGGGAAAUAUACUAUCAAGUACACGUCUAACUCCACCAUUUUAUACUUAGAGGACGAACAAGACCAUAAAAAUCUUCUCGCCAGCUUCAGAGAAGCCAAAAUUUCGCACCAUUCAUAUACAAGUAGAGCCGAAAAGUCGCAUGCGUUUGUGCUAAGAGGGAUAGCGGAAGGCACCACCCUCGAACAGAUAGAAGAAGAUCUAAUGCUAUCGUAUGACAUUAAAAUUAGAGACUCUUACAAAAUGUCUACGAAAAACCGCCCUCUCUUCUUAAUUGUAACAGACCCGGCCAUCACCCUUGACUUUUUAAACAAAAAUAUACGAGUGGUGGAGAACACCAGGGUAGUUUGGGAACUACGAAAAUCUGUUAAACGGAUUUUUUCAAAACUAGCGUUUGACAGUAGUCAAUUUAUAAUUAAAUAUUUUCCUAAAGUUUCCCCACGCCAGAGUAAGUUGUUUCUAUCAGAAGAAGGGUCAAAUCCCAUGCCAAAGCCCGACAGGGCACCACAAACGCCUACAGAAGGCUUUGAAACCCAAUAUAUGAAGAAAGUCAGAAACAGAUGCCGGCUGGAUGUAUCUGGAAUCAACAAAGUUUCACACAUGAGCACACCACAAAACAUUAAAAGAAAAGUCAAAAUAAACCCAGUACAAAACGUGAGUAGAUACCGUUUGCCACUAACCGCUCAUACUAACACAGGGACCAAGCAACCCGUACAAGGGGAACCCCUGUUCAAUUUAUUUUCUGAACGACCUUCAAAUAACCCUGAAGAGUCUAACUUACAAGGAAACCAAGGCAUAGCAGAAGGCUACCCUGCAGGGGCCCCUCAAAGUGACUCGGAGCUCCCCUUAGAUAAAGGGAAUGUAGUAACCGAAAAUCCCAUCAGUAUGGAAGAAUCUAACCCGGAAAGGGCCAAAACACCCCCUAUUGGAAGCGAUAGCGAGGGAAACAAUGCCGAUUAUGACAUGGACACUGAAAAAGUGUCUUCUUCUUCUGAGGAAUCCGAUGAUUCGGGAACAAAAACGGCGGUGGAAGUAUCCCCAGUAAGUAGCCCAGAAAUUGCCCAAACUGGGACACAAAAUCAAUUAAACCCCACACUGGAGAAUUUCAACUCAGCAUAUGUUACAGUGGCCGCUAAUGAUGAGCUCAAAAUUACAAUCAAAGCAACUGAUGUUCCGGAAUCAUUACGGAACAACAUAAUGAAUUUCAAUGUUAGCGAAUCUCAAGACAAGGAGUUAGGUCUAAAACAAACAGUCCAUCCCGAAAUUCACCAAAUCCCUGAACAACCAGAAAUGCUCACUCUCCCCACGGAUGUCCCAAAUAAACCCAAAUACCCACCCCCUAAACCAAAAGAUCCCGAAAACCCCGAACCUAAAACCAAAAGAAUACAAGAAAUAACAUCCCCAAAUAAGAACAGAGAAGACUACGACAAUGUUCUCCACAAUAUCAAACAGGAAGAGGUACCGUACCACACCUACACAGCUAAUGCAGACAAAUCACAUGCGUUCGUAAUCAGAGGGUUAGGUGAAGGCACCUUAAUAGAAGACCUGGAAGAAGAGAUGGAAACUGAGCACGAAAUUAAACUCAGAGCAGCAUACCAAAUGUCUACAAAAAACAGACCGCUAUUUCUCGUGAUAACCGACCCCUCAAUAACCUUAGAAUAUCUUAACAAAAACAUAAGAGUGAUAUUAAAUACCAGAAUAACGUGGGAGCUUAGGAAAAGCAACAAACAGAAUUCUCAAGAAACUUUGGAGAAAGCGUACGACGCUCUCACAGAACCGGAAGACCAAGCUGAUUCCGAAGGCAGUGGGAAUAUUUCACCAAACACAAGUAAGGAAAGUACUGAAAGUACGGAGAAUACUGAUACGAUUAUUAGGUCUGACCCAAAUGAAAGUUUGGAGAACCUAAUAAAUACCCUAGAAAACUCUUCAGACUCGUCAGAAAAUUCAGAUAAUGGUAACAGAACCGUUUUAGAAAUGGACGAAGACAAUAACGGGGUCGAAACCCCGAAAUCGAUAAAAAAAUCCACCCAUUUUUCGGAGCCACAAAAGUAUGGAGAAAAUUUUGAAAAUUAUAAUUCCGGCUAUAUGACACUACAAAUGCCAGAACAAGUAAUAGCUAGAUCGCUGAACUUUAUGCAGAACUCCACACCAUCAGAAGACGGCACCAUAACACCGAAGCUUAUUAGGGAAAAGUCCAAAAAGACUAUUACAACCACCCAAAACAAAUUUCAAGCACUUACAGAUAUGUCUGAAUCGGAAUCAUCAGAGUACGAAGAUGAAAUUAAAAAAAUAGUCAAACGAAAAAGGAAAAUGAGAAAACAAAGGGAAGAAAAUCCUGACAACAACGUAGCACAAACCCAUACGAAUGCAAGUAAUGUAGUAAAACCCACGGAAAUCACGAAAACAAGCACCAAACCAAAUACGAUACAAAACACCCCCAAAAAAAGACAACAAUGCCACCUAUAG